AUGAGUAAUAACGCUAUUGACUACGCCGUUUCCGAUGUUGCUUCCUACGUUGGUGUUGCCACCUCAGCUGUCGGAGGUGCUCUUAAUACUGCUGCUUCUGCUGUUGGAGGUGCUGCUAACACUGCUACUUCUGCUGUAGUUGGCGCUGCUAACACCGCUGUUUCAGGUGCUGAGGGUGCUGCAUCCACUGCUGUUUCAGGUGCUAACGGUGUUGCCUCUACCGCUGAAGCUGCUUUCAACUCUGCUACCUCCGGUGCCGCCACUGCUGUUUCUGGUGCUUCCAGUGCUGCUACCAGUGCUGCUACCAGUGCUGCUAGUGGUGCAUCUUCUGCACUCACAGGUUCCACCACUGCUAAGACUUCAACCACUUCUAAGGCUUCCUCCUCAUCUACAUCAUCAUCUACAUCUGCGUCAACUUCCUCGUCUGCCGCUUCUGCCAGUCAAUUCACUGCUGGCUCAUGGAAGAAGGCUCUUGCUGUUGCUGGUGUCGUCGGUGCUUCUUUCAUUCUCAAUCUCGCUUAA